UGCGAAACGACAAUACACGUGACCGAUUAUCCGGUUUUGAGACACGACUCUGGUGCACUGCCCUGCUGAGAUCUUUACCUGGCAGAAGUACGAGGACAAAAUCAUUGCUGUAGUGUAUGGGGCGCUGGGUGAGACGCAUGAACUCCUGUUGAAGCGAGGCUUGCUGGUCAUCAACAAGACCCCGCUUCCAUACGAAGCACCGAUGACGGCAACUGGCUUGCCCGAGUCGACCUCCCCCCGUCGACCGUCUACAUCCCUGAACUCGCAGCACUUAAUUGGAAGUGCCUCGACUCUCCCCGAGCUCCAGCCGACUCAGAAGCCGCCUGGCCCGCCGCAGGCCAUGCCUCCACAAAUAACACCUAUGUCCAGGCUCCUCUCACCCCAACCUCCCUCUUCGCCUCCGACUACGGCUUCCACUCGGGCACCCUGCUCUACCGUGGCCACUUCACCGCGACGGGGACCGAAACCUCGCUCACGCUCAUCACGCAGGGCGGGACGGCCUUCGCCAGCGCCGUCUGGCUCAACAACACCUUCCUCGGCAGCUGGCCGGGCAACGCGACGGCCACCUCGCACCACGACACCUACCCCGUCCGGCUCGCGCCCGGGCAGCGCUACGUGCUGACUGUCCUAUCGACGACAUGGGCAACCAGCAGAACGGCUCCUCAGCGCCGACGAGAUGAAGACGCUCCGGAGAAUCAUGGAGUACGGGUUUACCAUGUCCGGCGGCGACCCGCCCGAGAUCAAAUGGAAGGUGACGGGAAAUCUGGGUGGGGAGGAAUAUAGGGAUAAGGCCC